GCGGCAUGGCCGUCAGUCUAUUCCGGUCGCUGUUCUAGCAUGGACGAGCGAUAAUCAGCAGCAUUAGAGUGCCGCUUGGAAAAUGUUUGUUGCUCGCGGACACACCAAACCGCGUGGACCGCGUGCGUGCAGUGCCCGUGUUUAGUGCUGUAAUCGUGUUCGACUUCCCAGUGACGCAUGCAUCGCGCUCGUCUGGUCGUGAUAGUGAAAAACGGCGCGAAAGCCUAGCUGCGAAAAAAUUUACACACGAAAAAGGUGAUUUCAAGUGGAAGUGAUUUUUUGUUGUUUCGUUUCGUUUUGUUUUUCUGUUCUGUUUUUUUGUGCCCUGUUGUGCGUUUUUGGCCGUGUAUCGAGAGUGGGGAAAAGUAAACAGGCCAGAUCGAUACAACGCAACGUUCGAUUGGAAAUGCAACAUUGAAUCUAAGAAUUGACAACGUGAAAGCAAAACAAAAAAUCAAACAAAAGUGUGCCGCCAAUGUCACGCAGCUGGGACGGAACGAUCAGCAAUGUGAUUCAACAAAGCGCCUUAUGAUUUCUUCUCCGCAAACUCUGACAAUUGCUUGGAGGUUAUCGCGUGUCGAUUGGAACCUGUAGGCAGUAAAGCAUACGAUUUGUCCUAGCGAGCUGACCCAUCUGUUGACCACCCAGACAUGAUGAAGCAGUAAACGAAGUUGUAACUCGAAUUGUCGCAUAUUCGCAGAAGUCGUAAGGGGUUACUGGACGACCUCGAGCAUGCCGAGAGGAAAUGUAAUCAAAACCGUUAAAUCUUCCCCGGAACUGAACAGUCUUCCUUUCUAGAUAGUAUGCUAUCUUGGAAAGAAGGCAUGUAUGAUCCUCGUUAGAUUUUACAACAAAGAGUUGCAUUUACUCCAAAGUUUUCAAACAACUUGCAAAAAGAUCAAGACACUGAGCAUACCUGAGUACCUUAACAAAAUCAGCUGGGACUCUUAUCCGCUAAAUGAUAUUUUGUCCUGUACCUUAUCGAUAGAGGAUAAUCACCUGCCACGAGUUAAAUGAACAAAGUAGGCUAAUGGAUGUAGGCUCCUAGACGACUACGACGAUGCCAUAAACUGUCCAAGUGAGCUACUGUAAACAAAGCCUUGCUAAAAAGCAAACCAGUGCCAAUGUGACUGCGAAAAGCAAUAAGUAGACUUCCCUCUCUAUAUCCAAAGAAAACUCAAAACAAAGCAAAAAAAAACAUGACGGACACACGAAAACCUCCUGCGAAGGUUGUUCCAGUUCAUCGGGGGAAAACCACAACCAACACCAUCGCCGGUACGUGUCAGCGAGCCUGGAUCGAAAAUGACAGGCACCGUCAGCCGGAAUCGGAACGGGAACCAUUCCUUACCACCGGUAGCGGUUCGGACGGGAGCGAAACGUCCAGCCUCGAAUGCGAACAGUUGUGUACGGAGACGCGCGUUCGCGAAAAGAAAAAACCGCGCAUUUUCUCCAUCGAUCUGGAACGGGACGGUGGAAAGCGGUGUGAUAGAACAGGCGAGGUGACCCCGUCCGGUUCGGUCGGUUCCACCGGAACGGGAACAAGCGCGGAUAGCAGUACCAGUAACGAGAAUUCUCACAGCGAUGCCAAACUAGUCGAUAAGCUGCAAAAGGUAAACCGCCGGAAGCGGAAACAACCGGAAAGCAGGACCGCGAAGCUGAUCCAGUUGUGUCAGUGCUGUCCUUGGACCGUACCGUGGAGUCUGCUGAUUGUCAGUGCCCUGCAGAUCGCCAUAUUUACUUACAGAAGUGAUGCUAUCAACCAGAAACUUAUAUUCUCACCCGUGAAGCAAUACGAGAUUUGGCGCUUCGUAACGUACACUUUCUUACAUGCUGGAAAUGUUCACCUUGUGCUUAAUAUCAUCAUACAGAUUCUUGUAGCAUUUCCACUGGAAACGGAACAGGGACAUGGUAAGGUGCUGUUUGUCUACUUCUCCGGUACGGUCGCCGGUGCUUUAGGUGCUUCUGUGUUUGAGCCUACCCUGAUGGUAGGUGCUUCCGCCGGAGUAUAUUGCUUGCUCAUGAGCCACAUACCACAUAUCAUCAUGAACUUCCGCACGUUAUCCUAUCGUUACUAUCGUCUUAUUGCCGUGUUGAUGCUGUGCAUUAGCGACGUCAUGUACUCCAUCCGUCACUGCCUUACCAAAGGAAAUCUUCAGCCACGAAUCGGUGUAGCGGCCCACAUAAGUGGUGCCGUUUGUGGACUCUUGAUAGGUUUCGUCAUCUAUCGGUCGAAAGUGGAGCCCGAUACGACCAAAGUGAUUGCGGUGUUUCGGUCGCUACGGUACCUAGCGGCGGUACUUCUGCUGGCGUGGUUAGGCUGCACCGUGCUCUACAACCUCGACCGAAGCCAUGUGAUUCAGAUCCUCUAGCCAUAGUGUGUCGGUAGUCAAUGUAAGUUAAGUUUCUAAACGCCCAAAACGAUCUAUUCAAAGUUUCUUACUGUACAAUAGUAACGGUUAAGCCCAAAACACGUUUUUAUGACAUAUUUAUAUACGA